AUGGAAAGGAUAUUCAAGAUCAAAACCAAAUCUGAUAAGGAUCCGAGGGAUCAAUACCCCUCAGAAAGAAGAUACUCAGCCUCAAUCGUUAUUGGACUCGGAGUAGUCUACCUCCAGCUCUUCUUCUACUCAAUCUUAAUGGGUACACUGAUCGUUCACAGAAUGACAGUGAGCACGACAGAAGAGCUCAUGUUGGUUAAUGAGACCGACACGGCUUUGGAGGAAUCGUUUAACCUGGAGGGAAUCAAAAGACUGAAUGAAAGACUGGCAAAGGACAUAGAAGCUAACGAAGUUCAAGAAACUCCAUACUACAUCAACGUUCCAGCUUUGGUUUCUGGAGGGUGCUUUGUGAUGGCAGUAGGGUACUUACUGAGCUUCUGUACAGCUGUCUUAGCUUGGAAGCAAUGGUACGUGGAUCAGAACAUCACAUUCUUUUUCCUGGCGUCCAGUUUCUCGACCAUCACGUCUUCACUGAGUCUGCUCGUGUCUAUCUUGACUUGCAUCAACAUGAACGUAGACAUCGAGAAGCUCCAGAAUAUUACAACUGAGAGUAUACCUCUUACUCUAAGCUUGGCUAUCAAUAUAGUCAUUCUUUCGGCGGUUGGUGUUAUUUGGUCAUGUCUAGCAACCAAAGUCGCGUACAGAGGAAUGAGAAGCUCCUACCCUGAUGAUAUGUUCGUGAAAGGUAGAGGAACUGUAGAGAUAUCUACCACGAGGAAGGGUAGCAAAAAUGCGAAUAUUUUCCCUCCUGAUAUUAUAAGCCAUUUCCCUGUUACUGAUAAGCUAGCGAAGUAUCUUCCUAGGAAGGAGGAUAAUGAUUUACCUAAAGCUGAAAGUAAUUUGGAAUACAGACAACGAGUGGACCAGUUUUUGAAUGGCAGUGUUGGGAGUAACGAAGAUAUGGAUAAUAAAGAAAACAAAGUUAAGGAAGAAAAAGAAUGA